AUGACUAAUUACUCAAAUUCCGACAACCCUUUCAAUGAUGUGAAUCUGGCUCAGAAAUUCACAUGGGCAAAGAAGCGUGAGGUCGAGAAAAAGAAGGGAAUUAGUGCAGCAGAGUCGGCAAGGAGGGACAUUGCGAGGAGAGAGGAAGCUAGAAUCGAAUUGGAGAAGCUGACAAAGAAGAGAGCUGAGCGUGAGCGUGAGAGAGAAGAAAGGGAGGAGGAAUUAGUCAGGAUUCAACGUGCUUCGGAGCAGGCGCAGCUCGGCGAUUGGCAGGCCCAGGAGGAAGAGUUCUACUUGAAGCAGGCUAAGAGACGUGCAGAAAUUAGGAUCAAGAGCAACAGAGCAAAGCCGAUCGACAUUCUUGCCAUGAACAUCAAGCUGAUUGCCGAGGAUACAGAGGAAAAUGAAGAGGACGAGGAAGAAGACGAUAUCGGUCUUGAGAUCGAUGUCGAGGAGCCAUACACGAUUUUUGAUAAUUUGAGCCUGGAAGAGGUUCAAGAGUUACUCCACGACAUCAAGUUUUACCUCAGUCUCGACAAGGCCGAUCAGACCACAGAUUUCUGGAGGGCAAUGUUGAUCGUCUGCGAGGACAAGCUGAGUGAAUUGGAUUCAUCGCGUGCAGAACAGAGUGUUGUUGCGCCCCAUAUUGCUCAGGACAUUGCUAACAAAUUGGCCGGCAAGUCACAUGAAGAGCUCACGUUACUCCAGGGCCAAAUCCAACGGAAGCUGGCAGGUGGCGGCGCAAUCGAUGUCGAUUAUUGGGAGGCGCUUUUGAAAACUUUGAUCGUCUGGAAAGCAAAGGCCAAACUGAACAUGAUUCAUCAACUUAUUCUCCAAAAGCGCUUGGAGCAACUGAAGAUGCGUCAACUGAAGGAGGCUGAGAAGGAAAAGGCAGAACUGGCAGCGGUCCUGGCGAUGCAGACCUUGGAUGUGGAGGGUGAUGUGAGAGGUCUGAGGGAAAUCAACGAAGACGAUAUAGAAUAUGCACAGGAGGAUGAGGACCUGGGCAUGGACGGAGUCGCCCCAUCGGCCGUUCCUUACGACCGCGCGAUGAGUCCUGAGCCCUUUGAUACUCUCGCCAGAGAAGACCAAAACUUGGCCAUUGUGGAUCAGUGGGAUGAUUGGGCUGAAAUUUUGGAGAAGCGUGGACAGGUUCUCAGCAAGCAAUUCAACCCUAAGAAGAAGAGUCACGACCAGGAUACAGGCGAGCAGCAUCCGGACGACGACUUUGUAUCCAAGAUCCUGUUCGACAAGGAGGCAGCCAAGCAAUUGGCAGGAAACGAAGAAGUGUUUAAUGUCGAGGCCUCAUUACAGCGACAACAGACAUACAUGUGGCAAGACAAGUACCGACCACGCAAGCCUCGCUUCUUCAACCGUGUGCACACAGGAUACGAAUGGAACAAAUACAAUCAAACCCAUUACGACCACGACAACCCGCCACCAAAGGUCGUCCAGGGUUAUAAGUUCAAUUUAUUCUAUCCUGAUCUCAUCGACAAGUCUCAGGCCCCGACAUAUGAGAUUAUCAAGGAGCCCGAUACCAACGAUACCGUACUAAUCAAGUUCAAGGCUGGGCCACCCUAUGAGGAUAUCGCAUUCAGGAUUGUCAACCGUGAAUGGGAGCAUUCGCACAAGAGGGGAUACAAAUCUGUCUUUGAUCGCGGAGUCCUCCAGCUGCACUUCAACUUUAAGCGACAAUUCUAUAGGCGUUAA